AUUGACCAUUCAGAAUCCCUCACGCCCUGUGGUGUAGAGGGCGGGUCCACUCUCCUGCUUACAGCGACUGGCGACCGGGGUAGCGCGCGCGUCUUGCAAGAGCAAGAGCUCCGCGCCACAGAGGUCCACCUCGUGACUAGGGAUUGCUCCUCUCGCGACGCCUCCAUUGCAGGCCUGGGAGCUUGAAGUUGCCUUGGAGCACUCGUCGCCACAACAACUACAAGUAUAGCGUCUCAAUCUUGCCCCAGCUCUCACGACCCCAUUAUUCCUCCCAUCUUGCCAUCACACCUUAUCACCACCCCGACCCACGCCCACCCCGGCCGCACGGGCUCUCCGACUCAACGCCUCGCUCGCUCCACGCCAGAAGGACACACGAUGGCAUCGCCCAUCCACAAGUUCCUCUUCUCGCCUCCCCCCUCGCCGCCCUGUGAGACCGACACGGGAGCAGACUUCGCCCCUCUGAAAGCACUCGUGACGGGCCUCACCGCGCGCGAGUCCGGCAAGCCCCCCACCCCCCGCCUCGGCGAGUCUGACAUCCUCCCCCUCUCGCUUCCGGUGCCGCACAUGCGUGCGCCGUCGCCACUCGGCCGUUCCUCCUCCCCGCGGCGGGGGCAUGAUGUCGACAUCGAGGCGGGUGAGGGCGUUGCCAAGAGCUUCGCGCAGCGCACCCCGAUUCUCGCAAAAUUCCGCCUCGUCGUGCAGCGCUUCAUGCCCAACCUCCCGCGCCCCGUUGUCCGACUCUUCGCCUUUGUCGCUAUCCUUUUCAUCCUGGCCUCGUUCGUCUCGAGUGUCAUCCUCCCCGCCAUUUCUCCCCUUCCGCAGCCUCGCGCAGCCCGUCCAGUCGCCAAGAAGCCCCAGUGGACACCGAAGGCGUAUGUGCCCCCACAGGCAAAUGCGCACCCAUUGGUUGCUCCCAACCCCCGCGCCAUGCGCCCCGACCCCCACACCCUCCCCCCCACCCACGAGCUGCUUGCGCUGCAGAGCUUUGUCCUUGAGUCGCCCGCCAACGCCCUCGGCGAUGUCGACGUCUCCAAACCCCUCGACGCCUCCGACCUUCUCGGCACGCAUGCUACCCGCCGCCUCGGCAGCCCCGGCUCUCCCCGCGAGAAGCAGUGGUUCCAGGAGAUCGUCUCCGAGCACGCCAACUCGGUCGUGCUGUGGUACGGCUCGAUCCAGCCGCCACACUACGCGCUCGAGGGGAUCUCGGCGCGUCACGGAGAAGGCCGCCGCCCUACUCUCAUUGGCACUGCGCAGCGGAAGGACGGCGAGACUAUCGAGGGUAUCUUCGCGCGCUUGGGGCACGACUUGUCCGCAGCCCCCGUUCUCGUGAUUGGUGGGGAGGUGUUUGAUGCCACGCCUGAGCGCAUGAAGACGUUGCGGGAGAGCGGAGAGCUCACCCAGCGCCUGGAACAAAUUGGCUGGACCAAGUAGAGAGGGAGAAGAGUUCAUCAUCAACGCAGCCGUUUGAUGGUUGUAUGUCAUAGAUUAUGCCACCUGGGCCACCACAGAGAUCACCAUAC